CUAGCAGAGCGGACCUGGCAACCCGGCUAACGGUCGGUUCACGAGGAAAGGAUGGCGGACCUGGCAACCCCGGCUACUGGUUACCGAGGAGAAGAUGGUGGACCUGGAGAUAGCAGCGUGUUCACAACUCCGUCCCAAACAUUUUGAUAAACACCUCCCCUCCCAGCCCGGUGUCAGGUACAGACUACCCGGGGACAGGCACAGAUAAUACGGCCUGGAGCCCGCUGGAAGGCCGGACUUUAGCUCUUUAUCCCGGGGGUGGAGGAGAGCUCGGCUCAAUAGCUAGAGACACCCGGAGCGGCGACACGAGUCCGGAGGAAAAAGGGCAUUUUUAUCAGCUUUUUAACCCAGCUGGAGAUACAAAUCACCGGGACCAGCCUGCCGUGGUUUCCCGCCGUCUCCACACCAGCUGUCAGACCCCGUGGACCGGAGGACCGGAGCGGGCUAACUGUAGCUGCUAACAGGAGGACCGGAGAGGGCUAACUGUAGCUGCUAACAGGAGGACCGGAGAGGGCUAACUGUAGCUGCUAACAGGAGGACCGGAGAGGGCUAACUUUAGCUGCUAACAGGAGGACCGGAGAGGGCUAACUUUAGCUGCUAACAGGAGGACCGGAGAGGGCUAACUUUAGCUGCUAACAGGAGGACCGGAGAGGGCUAACUUUAGCUGCUAACAGGAGGACCGGAGAGGGCUAACUUUAGCUGCUAACUUCAGCUGCUAACCUGCUAGCCGUGCUGUGGACUGUUGGAUCAGGGCGACAUGCCGAGGAGUAAAAAAGGGAAGCGAGGCUCCAGUAAGCCGGGCUCUCUUCGUCAGGAGGUUCUCCAGCUGCAGCUGUCGGCUAAAGCGUCGCUGAAAGGGGUAAAGAAUGGGAUGAAGGGAGAGUCUGCAGCCAGUGAUGAUGAUGUGGCGUCUGAGAUCCUCAGUCAUUACAGCAGCGCCAGCGACACCACCUCAGUGCUGGAGGAAGGAACAGGAGGUGAGCAGGUGGAUGAGCAGACGGCUCAGGAGGAAACAGAAGACAAACUGAAGCAGUGUAUAGACAACCUGAUGGAUAAGAGCUCAAAGACUCGUCUGGCAGCCCUGGAGUCCCUGAGACAGGCCUUCUCCUCCAGACUGCUGGACGACUUCCUGACAGAAAGACGUCUGACUGUCAGCGACUGUCUGGAGAGGAGCCUGAAGAAAGGCAGUGGGGAGGAGCAGGCAGCAGCAGCCACCGUCUUCGCUCUGCUCUGCAUCCAGCUGGGGGGUGGAGACGAGGCAGAGGAGGGCUUCAAGAUGCUCCGUCCCAUCCUCACCGCCAUCCUGAUAGACAGCACUGCCAGCAUAGCAGCCCGGCAGAGUUGUGCCAGGUCUUUAGGGAUGUGCUGCUACGUCUCUGCUGCUGAAGAUGGAGAGGACUUGAUCAAGUCUCUGGCGCUGCUGGAGAGCGUCUUCAUGUCUUCCUACCCCAACAGGGAGGGAACGCUGCCGACACCCAAACCUGGCAGUUCAGGGCUCCACAGCGCCGCCCUGCAGGCCUGGUCGCUGCUGGUCACCCUCUGCCCUGCUUCCAGAUUGACGGUGCUGCUCCACCUUCAUCUCCCUAAACUCCAAGCAUGUCUUCAGAGCAGUGAUGUUAACUACAGGAUUGCAGUAGGAGAGACCAUCGCUCUGCUGGUGGAGCUGGGACGAGACUUAGAUGAGGAUUUUGAGGUGGACGACAGUGAAAGUCUGUGUGAAAGUCUGAAGAGUUUAGCUACAGACGGAAAUAAACACCGAGCCAAGAAUGACAGGAGGAAACAGCGCUCCAUCUUCAGAGAGGUGCUGCAUUAUAUAGAGAACGAAGACUUCACAGAGGAGAAGAUCAGGUUUGGUGUGGAAAACGUUUACAUCGACGGCUGGAUGAGGAGAAGAAUCUACGAUGCCUUCAAGGAGAUCCUGGAGUCUGGAGUCCGACACCAUCUCCAGUUUAACCCUCUACUGAGGGACAUCUUUGGCCUCGGUCCUCCCCUCAUCCUGGACGCCUCCGUCAAAGGAAACAAGAUCUCACGGUUUGAGAAGCAUCUUUUCAACUCCGCUGCCUUCAAAGCCAGAACCAAACAGAGAAGCAAAGCCAGAGACAAACGAGCCGACGUCAUGUAGAGGACAAGGACGGAGGAGGAUGGAACUCUUUCUACAGAGAAGAUUUAACUCGAUGCCUUCAGACUCUCUGCAAACAGAUGCUUUUUCCCUCUAAACCUGUAAUUAAACUCUCCAUAUUCACAUUGAUCCUUCCUGGUUUUUUCUAACUUCGGUGUUUUGCUCAGAAUGGAGGUAUUACCGACCAGCAGAUGUUUUCCAGUUGUAGAAUUAAGUUAAAAUAACUUCAGUGUGCAUUAUGGUGCAACUAGACGUGGACUCUGUAAAUAUUUCAGAGGUAUUUAUCAACAGAAACACAGUAAAGUGUUAAAUGAGUUGUUUUGAAGGAUCUGCUGAUCUCUGGUGCUGCUGGUUUUAUUUUAAUUCUCAGCCAGGUGUUUUUAAAUCUAAUUACUGCUGCAGCAGGUAUAUACAUAAUAUAUACAUAAAUAUACAACAGAGCCAAGGAACUGUUCUGUAAAACCUCCUGAUUCGUCCUCUGAGGUUCAGCUGCCAAAUGAAACCAGACUUUAUAGAAGUCUGAAGAACGUGUGGUGUUUGUGUGAGAGCGUGUUUUAUUGGGAUUUAAUUUGAUUAACUCCUAAUCAUAGAAACAAGAAGAUGCCUGAUUAAAGGAGAUGAAAUCAAAGAGCUAAUUUUGUCAUCUUUUUAUUCAGUUGUAUAAAAAAGGACAUUUUCUGCUGAAUAAUUGUUUUACUUUCUAAUUUAUUGGAGAACGGCUGUGUGGUUUUUAUUAAGGAUUUAAACUGUUUACAGAUAAUUAUGGGAUAAACUUACUUUGUUUCAUUUUCAUUUGGGUUAGAGGUUCAUGUGUUUGUUUUAUAGAUCUAUGAACAGAUUUAUGGAAAUAUGUGUUUAUGAAAUGCAUUUAAAUGAUUUUAACUCUGAGGAGCAGAAAAUAAUCAGAGCUGCUGAUCCGACACGUUUGGUGAUGCUGGUUUUUAAAUUUGGAACAUUUAACUCCUGCUGUUGGUGUUUUUGAGUAGUUUAGAUUAAAAACAGAGCAAAUUAAGUUUGUUUUUGCUGGAUCCUGGUACUAUGGCCUCACCAAACGGUCCGUUCAGCGCUCCAAACGAUGGUUCAAAUGGAUUAAAGACUCUCUGAGAUCUUUCUCUGUUUCAUGUAAUUCCAUAAAGAAAUGAUGCUUCUGCUUUGGAAAGAUUAAUCUGACGGGAAGUGUUCAGAUCCGUCGGUAAAAGUAUGAACAGAACGAUGGAAUACUCCACUACAGGUAGAAGUCCUGCAUUCAGAGCUUUACCUCUGGAAAUGUAUUACCAGUAAAGUUUGAGUUUUCA